UAUAGAAAUUUCAUAAUAUCUUUGCAUCAUGCGAUCGACAAUGGUGUGUUUGCUGUUUCCGGUUGGAAUCCUACUAGUUUUUCUCUCCUUCUGUUUGUCAACAACAUCAGCCGCAAUAGUGGAGACUUCAUUUCAUGCAAAAAAUCUAACGACGAGUCGAUUAUGUCAAAAUCAUGUAAUCGUGGCAGUAAAUGGAAGCCUUCCAGGGCCGACUCUAAGGGUACAGGAGGGUGACACUCUUAUUGUUCAUGUCUUCAAUGAAUCUCCAUACAACCUUACUAUCCACUGGCAUGGGGUGUUCCAAAUGCGAAGUCAAUGGGCAGAUGGGCCUGAAUUCAUCACACAAUGCCCGAUUAGGCCAGGAAAUAGCUAUACCUACAGGUUCAAUCUCACUGGACAAGUGGGAACACUGUGGUGGCAUGCACAUACUCAAUGGAUCCGGGCAACCGUUUAUGGUGCUCUGGUCAUCCGCCCACGAGACGGACAAAAAUACCCUUUUGUUAAACCCUAUCGUGAACAGACAAUCCUCUUGGGAGAAUGGUGGAAUGGUAACGUUAUCGAUGUUGAGAACGCUGCACUAGCUACCGGAGUGGCACCUAACAAUUCUGAUGCAUACACCAUCAACGGGUGGCCCGGUGAUUUGUAUCCUUCUUGCCCAUCAAAUAAAACAUACACGCUUCAAGUUGUCCCGGGCAAAACAUAUCUGUUGAGACUAAUCAACGCUGCUCUCAAUGGACAACUCUUCUUCAAGAUAGCGAACCACAACUUGACAGUGGUUGGGGCAGAUGCAGCCUACACAAACCCUUUCCAAACAGAUGUGGUCGUCAUGGGUCCAGGUCAAACCACCGAUGUCCUAUUGACUGCAAACCAAUCACCGGGAUUAUAUUACAUGGCGGCGCGUCCAUACCUUAGCGCAAUCGCAGUGACGAUCAAUAACAGCACCACCACCGCGAUCUUAGCUUACGAAAACGCCACACAAACAACACCAGUUCUUCCAGUCCUACCUGCUUUGAACGACACACCAACAGCUUUUAGAUUUGAAAGCAACAUGACUGCACUUGUCACUAGCCCUUUCUGGUCACCGGUUCCACAAACAGUCGACGAGAGCAUGUAUGUAACCAUGGGACUCGGGAUAUCGGAGUGUGGAAACAACCAAACAUGUGGAGGGAUAUUCGGGCAAAGAAUGGCUGCAAGCAUGAACAAUCAAUCAUUUGUUCUACCAUCAACGAUCUCUAUGUUGGAAGCUUUUUAUAGAAACGUUAGUGGGAUUUACACGACUGAUUUCCCAGAUCAACCACCGAUUGUAUUCGAUUACACCAACACUACCCUUAGCUUCAAUCAGGCUCUUAUGACGACACCAAAGUCCACAAGUGUGAAGCAGCUGAAGUUUAAUUCGACUGUUCAACUCGUGUUUCAGAACACAGCCUUGGUGGGUAUUGAAAAUCACCCCAUGCAUUUGCAUGGAAUGAACUUCUACAUCUUGGCUCAAGGAUUUGGCAAUUAUGAUCCCAUAAAUGACCCACGAAAGUUUAAUUUGGUUAACCCACUAGAACGGAACACGAUUGGGGUUCCCACCGGUGGUUGGGCUGCCAUAAGAUUCCGAGCAAAUAAUCCAGGUGCUUGGUUUAUUCACUGUCAUUUGGAUGUACACAUGCCAUGGGGACUAGGAACCGUUUUUUUGGUGGAAAACGGAGGAACACCGGAAUCCACGUUGCCACCACCACCUGCCGACUUCCCUCGGUGCUAAAAACAGACGGCGAAGAAUAUCGGACGUAAUUAAACUGUGCAUAAAGGUGGAUUUGCUUACAUUUGUAUGUAAGUACAUGAGUAUUCGAUAUUUGUUUUUUAUCAUUAAUAAACCUGUAAGCCUAUGACCGAUUCUUUUUGUAGGCAUGAUGUGUAAUGUUCUUUUUUUAUAUAUGUAUUGAGAUUUGUUGUCAUAUUAAAUUUUUGUAUAAAAUUCAAAUCGC